AUGGACCCCCAAACCGACCUCCCCGACCUAGUAGAAGACCUCGAAGUCAACAUCGACGAGCUCUCCGGCACCCUCACACCCCUCCUCCCCCCCAACACGCUCUCCAAAACUGCCACCUCCCUCCCGCUCCUCGAGAAGGCGAAGCUCUACGUCCUCGCUGCAUAUGCGAUCGAGUCAGUACUCUUCUCAAGCCUGCAAGCGUCCGGCGCCGACGCCAAAAGCCAUGCCUUGUUUGCUGAGCUGGGGAGGCUGAAGGGGUACUUCGCCAAGAUCAAGGACGCCGAGGAGAACGCUGCGGGGCCGCGGCAGAGACUAGAUAGAGAUGCUGCGGCGAGGUUCAUUAAGCAUGGUUUGAGUGGGAACGAGCGGUACGAUGAGAUGAGGAAGGAGCGGAUGGCGAAAGAAAAAGAGCACGCGCUGGAAAAGGCGAGGGCAACGAUGAACAGGAAGUUCGACGAGGAGGAGACGCCGAAGAAGCGCGGAGCCGCGGAAGGAGGGGAAGAGCAGGACACGCCGGCGAAGAAGGCGAAGCUCGCUAAGACUGCGGCAGGCGAGGAAGACGAGGACCUGGUCGAUACACCAGCCACCGCGCCAAAGAAGCGCAGCAGAAAGACGAAGCAGACCGCCGAAGCCGAGGAGGAGCAGGAGGACGCAGCGGAAGGAGGCGAGGCGAUGGACGUCGAUUCCCCCGCCCCAGCGAGAAAGAAGCGCGGCCGACCGUCGAAAAAGGACAAGGCGGCUGCCAGCGUAGAAGCAGCGCCACCGCAGGAGACCGGUACACCGACUCGAGCAACGCGGUCUUCGGCGCCCAAGACGCGCAGCGAGGCCGAGUGCGACGAAGGCGAAAGGGAAGGCUAA